UGGGGAACCCCCAAAAUUUAUUGUUUUUUUUUCUAUUUUUGUGUGAAAAUCUUAAUGCGGUUCAUAGAAUACAUCCACUUACUAAGUUUGAACAGUACAGCUCUUAUAGUUUCGGAAAAAAGUGGCUGUGACAGAAUCAGACAGACAGACGGACAUGACGAAUCUAUAAGGGUUCCGUUUUUUGCCAUUUGGCUACGGAACCCUAAAAAGGACCAUAUAUACCCACUAUUUUAUGUUAUAUUUUUUGUAAGCUACAAAAUAUAACCCUUUUAAUUAGGGUUUCUUCUGUCUUCCACUAAUAGUGCCUACGUUUAAAAUUGCAAUUUUGUAUCAUGUGUAGAACUAUAGAUAGGCACGUAAGCUUAAUAUUGUUUUUAGUAUUGUUUUAAGACAAUAUUUAAUAUCUUCAAACAAAAUAUGUUAUUCAGGAUAGAUGAGCUUCAGAGUAAAACGUAACUAGGUAUGCUUAUUAUAGAAAGACGGAUCGAGAAGGCGUACGCCGCUCAAAUAAUUAGUUGUCUAUAAUGUAGGCGGAAUCCACUUAAAAUAUAUUUGUAAAUUUGUGAUAUUAUAAGUAACAUAAGUAAUUAUAUUGUUGCCUAAGAUUUAAGGGAAAAAAAUCGGACACACAUUUUGUAAAUACUUUUAAACGGUAUCUAAUACAUUCCUAAAAUGUUAAUACAAUGUUUGAUGAAAAAUUGGUUCCGUGUUUUAUUUUCUCAUAGCCUAAACAUGGCCUAGACAAUGCACACAUUGUUAUUCAAUAAAUAAGCAAAAUAAACCGCCUAAGAUAGCAGCAAUUUCUUGGAUCGUAUAUAGCUAAGCAUGCAAAAUAAACUAGUCGCUUCUCUUGGUUGCCUAAUCAAACCCCAGGGUCAUUUAGAAAGAAAAAGAAGAGGUAUACAAUGGGACUCAGUUAAAUGACGCCUGAACAUUUUAUAUCAGCAAUUACCCCACUGUGGUAUUAGGACCCUAUAAAAUAUUACGCGCUUCGCUAUGUGUAUAUUAUGAUUCCUCAUGGAUUCCCAAUUGUACCCGCCCAUAGAUGGUAGGAAAUCCUAAUAUACGCGUGUGCCUGUGAGGGACAAAACAAACGCUUUGCUAUCGCACGGCCUGACAAGAGCGACAGAGGCGGAUAAUUUUGAUUGUCGAUGGAUUUUGCGAUGUUCGCGUGUUGGCGGUAGGCCCUCAGAAAAAUGCCUCAUGCGUUCAGAAAUGCUACAGUAAUACUUGUAAUCUAGAAUGUACACAUUUCAAAAUAAAUAUUGGUUAUACAACAAUGCAAUAAAAUCAUUGUAACAUUUAUUGAAGCAAUUUAAAUUUUUAGAAGUCUAUUAAAUACAUUAAACUAAAGCGGAUCUAAACGCACGUUGUGAUGUCAUGGUUGGUUUCUAAACGCAACUCGUGUCAUGUCAAGUGUGUGACGGGUGGUCAGACCGUGUUUGUCUUGUAUAUUUUUACUUGUUGAUUUUUCUAAUUACAUUUGUUAAGUAUAACGCGGAGUGGUGCGCGACAGGUUCCGGGAGAGCUAUGUUAUAGUGUGGCAAGUGGCAGCAGGUGGACGAGUCGCGGCUGGCGUGUCCGGAGCGCCGAAAGUUCAGAGUAGCUCGGGACGCUCGCGGUCGGGAUGGAGGACGAGGUGACGUUCCUGUUCCAGCUGGGCGUGCUGCGCGACGCCGUUACCGCGCCCGCGCACGCGCUCACGCUCGCGCACCUCAAGGAGCUGGCCGUCAAGUUCGUGCACGAGAAGAUACCGGACAACGGACUAAACCGGCUGAGCGAGCGCAUCCUACUGUUCCGACACGACUACUGCUCGCCCAACGUGCUGCAGCUCAUCAACGCGGCCUCCGACGUGUCGGACGAGACGCUCGUCGAGAUCGUGCUCACCGCCAACCCUCUGCUAUGUGGCAGUGAAUCCGACGCCGCGCCGGCGCCGCUGCCGCACAUGCUGUCCGUCCACUCGUACAAGUCGCCCACUUUUUGCGACUUCUGCGGAGAGAUGCUCUUUGGAUUGGUGCGCCAAGGGCUGAAGUGUGAAGGUUGCGGCCUGAACUACCACAAGCGCUGCGCCGUGAAGGUCCCGUCCAACUGCCCCGCGGCGCGGCGCGGCUCGGCGGCGCCGCGCUCGCCGUCGCGCGCCUCCACCGCCUCGCACGCGUCCAGCGCCACGCACGCCUCGCACGACGACUCGCUGGUAAGCGGCAAGCGCAGCCGCUCCCCAUCCCGCAGCUCCGCCACGUGGGGGCUGUCACUAGGGAUACCGCACACGUUCGCCGUGCACUCCUACACGCGGCCCACUGUGUGCCGGCACUGCAAGCGCCUGCUGCGCGGCCUCUUCAAGCAGGGACUCCAGUGCCGUGACUGCCACUACAACGCGCACCGCAAGUGCUUGCCACACGUGCCCAAAGACUGCGGCGGCGAGAUACGGGAUUCACAUGGCGAAUACCAGGACAGCAGCGGCGGCAGCGAGCUGUCGGAAAGCGCACGACUUCCCGACGAGGAGUCUGACGAGGGCGGCUCGAACGAUGGAGCGUCCAACGAUAUCGACGACGAGGUGCAGCUCCGGCGGCGGCGCGGCUCGGCCGGCUCGGAGCCGCAGCGCGACGCGCGGCCGGAGCGCUCGGCGUCUCGCCCCAGCAGCUCAUCGUCGUCGCCCAGCGCCAACAUCCCUCUGAUGAGGAUCGUGCAGAGCGUCAAGCACGCCAAGAAGAGGACCGGCCAGAGCAUCAAGGAGGGCUGGCUCGUGCACUUCACCAACAAGGACAAGCAGAUCAAACGACAUUAUUGGCGACUGGACAGCAAGUCCAUAACACUGUUCCAGUCAGACCAGGGCUCCAAAUACUACAAAGAGAUACCGCUCAAUGAGAUCUUAGCUGUAGACACCGCACGGACACCGCACUCGGACGUGAUGCACUGCUUCGAGAUCCGGACAGCCAACGUGGACUACAUGGUGGGCGUGGACCCCGUGGGCGCCGGGGCCGGCCACACCCUCCCUCCCCCCGAGUCCGGAGUGGGGGCCUACCUCGCGCGCUCCUGGGAGACCGCCGUGCGCCACGCCCUGCUGCCCGUCACCGCCGUCCGCCAGCACGACCGUGAGUGACACGCGGCUACACCCCUCCCCCGAGUCCGGAGUGGGGGCCUACCUCGCGCGCUCCUGGGAGACCGCCGUGCGCCACGCCCUGCUGCCCCGUCGUCGUCGGCGGAGCCGGCCGAGCGCGGCGCAGAAAUGGCACAAGUGUAUCAAAUCCACCCGGAUGAGGUACUCGGCUCGGGGCAGUUCGGCAUCGUGUACGGCGGCCUGCACCGCCGCACGCAACAGCCCGUGGCCAUCAAGGUGAUAGACAAGCUCCGUUUCCCGACCAAGCAAGAAGCCCAGCUCAAGAACGAGGUCGCCAUCCUGCAGAACUUAUCGCACCCCGGCGUCGUCAACCUCGAGCGAAUGUUCGAGACUCCGGAGCGAAUAUUCGUCGUCAUGGAGAAGCUUAGGGGAGACAUGCUCGAGAUGAUCCUCAGUCAUGAAAAGGGACGACUUACAGAAAGAACAACCAAGUACUUGGUAGCACAGAUCCUGGUAGCCCUAAAGCAUCUCCACGCCAAAAACAUCGUUCACUGCGACCUGAAGCCAGAGAACGUCCUACUGUCGUCCGACGGCGACCUGCCACAAGUCAAGCUGUGCGACUUCGGCUUCGCGAGGAUCAUCGGGGAAAAGUCCUUCCGUCGCUCCGUCGUCGGCACUCCGGCUUACCUCGCCCCCGAAGUCCUACGGAAUAAGGGCUACAACCGCUCCCUGGACAUGUGGUCGGUGGGCGUCAUCGUGUACGUGUCCCUCUCCGGCACCUUCCCCUUCAACGAGGACGAGGACAUCAGCGAGCAGAUACAGAACGCCGCCUUCAUGUACCCGCCGCAGCCCUGGCGGGAGAUCUCCGCCGAAGCGAUCGACUUAAUCAACAACCUACUGCAAGUGAAGCAGCGCAAGCGCCUCAGUGUGGACAAGUCCCUCGCCCACGCGUGGCUCCAAACCCAGCAGGCCUGGGAGGACCUGCGCGCGCUGGAGCGGAGAGUGGGGCGCCGCUACCUCACGCACCCGAGCGACGACGCGCGCUGGCGCCAGCCCGGCGCCGGCGGCGGCGAGCAGCUGGACCCGUGACUCCAAGACCAAGCGAAGCCCGCAGAGCGGCCGCGGUCGCGCGGCUGCUUCGUGCGCCUGCGCUGGAGGAAGCUGCUCGUGCGUGUGCGAGUGCGGUAACCACACACACGCACACACACACACACACACACACACACACACACACACACACACACACAUACACACACACACACACACACACACACACACACACACACACACACACACACACACACACACGGCCAUACGGGCGCACCUCCCAUGGACGCGGCACUCACCCCGUCUGUAUCUUCUUAGCGAACCCACAAAUGAUCAAAAGAUAUUUAUUAAUACACUGUAUAAUACGCAGUUUCAACCCUUUUAG